AUGUCGGACAACGGCGAGAGCGACGAAGUGUACAACAACAGCCACCGUGCCUUCUUACAGUCCCUCUUGUCACGCGCCACUCUUACUUUCGAACAAGCCAGGCCGGUCCUUGCAGCAAUUAAGAAUGCUCAAGCACAAGAUGGCCGCGAUGUCCAACCUGCCGACAUUACCGAACAAGACUUCUCGACCUUCGUCAAUGUGACCAAUGCCGCCAUUUCUCCCUUCGACCUCGAGAUCCGUGACACUCUGUCUCAACACGACCGCACCCGCAUCUACGCUCUGGUGAAUGUCUCUUCGGACUCGAUCACUCAGCUUGCAACCACCCACACACCCGAUGAGAUCGCCUUUGUGAAACGUUGUCUCGAUGCCAUGUUCGAGACGAAUAAUACCUAUCGCAGUGAAGUGCUUGCCGUCCGCUCUACCGAAGCCGUGAGGCUUGCAAAGGCCCCAACUGGUCAGACUCAGCAUGUUGAUGCGACACAAGGCGCACAGGCCCAGAGUCUGACCAUGUCGUCGGCUCAGAGGAUGCUGCAGGCCAUGGUUGACGAGGGCUGGUUUGAACUCAGCAAGAGAGACUUCUACACGCUGACUCCGCGUGCUCUCAUGGAAUUGCGUGCAUGGCUCGUCGAAACGUACAACGAUGAAGAAGAUGAAAGGAUAAGGAACUGCUCGGCUUGCAAGGCUAUAAUCACCAUGGGAGAACGAUGUCCCGAUCUCGACUGCACGGGUCGGUUACACACCCAUUGCAAACGCAUGGCUUUUAGAGCACAGAACAACAACGAAAGAUGUCCGGUGUGCAAGAAAGACUGGAAAGAUGCUCCGCCAGUAGGUGAGAAAGCAGCCACCCAGAACAGAAGGAGCAUGAAUGGUGCUGGUGCUUCGACACGCUCUCCCACUGCUCAAAUGGAUGGAGCAAACAAUUCACAAGAUGAAUCGACAGCCGACGAGGGUUGA